CACCGAAGAACGGUAUGAAUGAGCGUGUGUCAGUGAGUAGAUGUGGUACAUCAAGCGUUUUCAACUUGUCUCUGGUGAUUUGAAGUUGACAAAUUUGUGGAAUUACUGUGGAAUGCACAUCAAUGUACUAACUCUUAUUUCGUACAUAUCAUAACCUUGUCAUUUUAUUCGUCCGGCACAUCACCCCCAAGACUACGCGUCUUAAUACAAAGACCAUGUUCAUGUCGCCGCUGAGUUCGAUAGUUUGAUGAAACCGUGGAGAUCCAAAGACUUUUCACUCCCAUCAUGCAAUCUCCCAUAGUACUUCCGCAGACACAGUGGUGAUCGCCAACAUAUCUACAAAUAACCUCGCUCUCAGGAGCUGAAGAAUAAAGAUACUUAAGACAUUACACAUAAGAAUCAAUCUACCAUGGCCAGCAAAAUAAAUUACUUUCGACGAGAAUAUUAUGAGUACAAAAACUUCCAAUGUAUCAAACUGAAAGCCAAGUUGCUAGGAAUCACCAAACGUAGGGUAGAUAAAGGCGAGAUUAAAGUAGACGCACAGUUCAAGGAACGAUCGUUAAGUUUAGUUGUCACUGGUCUACUGGGACAUUAUGAAUUACCUUUCAAUGGUAGAACACUGUAUGCACCAAUUGAUCCUAGCAAGUGUACAUGGAUGGUGAAAAAUGAUUGGUUAAAAUUAUACAUACACAAGAGAGUAGCACAAAAGUGGGCUGAUCAAAGAGGAGAAAUAACACUACUUGCAGAGGAACCUGAAGAAGAUGAAGUAAAAAAAGAAGAUGCCAGCAAUAAUUAACACUUACAGCCAUUCUGAGAAUUAUUUGGACACUUGGGUCUUUUCCAAUCUAGACUUGGUGUCGUCGUAUUGGCACGGCCACAAUUGGGAUCAUUCCAUUAUCUUGCUAGAUGUGGGUAAACGCUGUUUUCAAAAGGACUCGUGUUGGUUACUAUACAUUAACAGGUUAUAUGUUGUAUAUGCAUUCAAUAUGUUAUUUUAAAUUGUUAUAACCAUAGUACAAUUUACAAAACAACUCCCAAGUGUUGAGUAACCUCAGGUAUUAAUGAACUCGUCGUUGGCGGGAAAGCUCAAAGAAAAGUUUCUUAACAGGACGCGCUGCAGUUUGACGGCAGUUUAGGGCCAAACUAAAAGUUGUUUUUACAUUACUGGUGCAUUAUGUAUCAAAUUCAGAUUUCAUUCCGAGGUGGGACAGUAUGUUAGGGAUAUGUGGACGGAAAACUUGAUUAUAACGGUUUGAUGUACUUUGUCAAAUCAAAAGUGCCUUCCUUGAGCGAAUCGCUUUUUCAACUGCAGUUUGAAAAUGGUGGGGUUGACGACUGUUAUUAUGUCUGGUCCAUUUUUGUAACAAGUACAACUGACUAAAAUGAUCGUGGGGUUGACUUUUUUCGACAAAUUCACCAUGCCGACAACCCCUAUGAAAUAGUAAUCCCAAACCACACGCUCGUCAAUCAAAGUAUUUUGCACAGUUGCAAGACAUUUUGCUAACUGACUGUCCGAAUAAUUCUCAGAACGACUGUAAUAUCGAUUUGGGAUUGAAAACAAACUCAAAUAUAAUAGUUAGGAAUG